AUCUAAUCUAGCUAUAAAAGAGAGAUGAAUUGGCAACCCUGGCCACCACUAGUUAAAAUUCGUGUUGCUCUCUAUAAUUUGUAUUAAUUGUUUUUAGCCCAAUCCAAUUGUUAUUCACUCGCCGCAAAAUGAUGGACGGCACGGAUGACUCAAAUAUACUGAGCGGCCCCUCGGCCAACAACGGAGCCACAAUGGAGAUCGCCUCGCCCACAAAUCCGCUGGCGAAUUCAGCAGCAACAGGCGUAGCAUCAGCACCAAGUGGUGCCACCAAUGGCAGCGGAUCUGCCACAUCGCCGGAUAGUUCGUCCUCCGCCCCGGCCACGCCCGCCGCUCUGGGCGAGAACGCCCUCCACGUGGAGAUCUCCGAUGCGCUGAGCGAAAAGGAGAAGGUCAAGUUCACAGUCCACACCCGCACUACGCUGCCAGGAUUCGCGAAAAAAGAUAACAAUGUGGUGCGCCAGCACGAGGAGUUCGUUUGGCUGCAUGAUCGCAUUGAAGAGAAUGACGACUACGCAGGCUAUAUUAUACCUCCUUGUCCUCCGCGUCCAGACUUUGAUGCAUCCCGUGAAAAGCUGCAGCGAUUGGGUGAAGGCGAGGGCAACAUGACCAAAGAGGAGUUUAAGAAGAUGAAGUCUGAGCUGGAGGCCGAGUACCUAGCCACCUUCAAGAAGACGGUGGCCAUGCAUGAGGUGUUCCUGCGCCGCCUGGCCAGCCAUCCUGUCUUUCGUGUCGACCAGCACCUUAAGGUAUUUCUCGAAUAUGACCAGGACCUGUGCGCCAAGCCACGCAAGAAGAUGGCCAUCUUUGGUGGCUUUGUCAAAUCCCUGGGCAAGACCACAGACGAAAUUCUGCUGAGCGCUACAGUGCGGGAUGUGAAUGACUUCUUCGAGAAUGAGCUACAGUUCCUUACUGAGUACCAUGGUCAUUUACGCGAAGCAGCGAUCAGGACUGAAAAAAUGACGCAACGCCACAAAGAUGUAGGCGAUUCACAUCAGAAAAUUUCAAAUGCGUUGACGCAACUUUCGACCACGGAGAAGGGCAAUGUGGAGACAUUUGUGGCGAAGUCAGCGGAGAUAUUCGAAAGAAUAAAGAAUCUGGAGACCCGAGUCGCCAGCGAUCAGGAUCUCAAGUUGGGCGACACCUUGCGCUACUAUCAGCGAGAUAGCGAUGCAGCCAAAGCUCUACUAAUCCGACGUCUACGCUGUUUGGCCGCCUAUGAGACAGCCAAUCGAAAUCUGGAGAAGGCUCGUUCGAAAAACAAGGAUGUGCAUGCGCCUUUGGAGGUGCAAGAGGCUGAGACUGCCCAAGCGGAGGCCUGCGAGAAGUUUGAAUCGAUGUCUGCUUGUGGAAAGGAGGAAUUGAUCGGCUUCCGUAACAGACGGGUAGCUGCUUUUAAAAAGAGCCUUGUGGAGCUCUCGGAACUGGAGAUAAAGCAUGCCAAGACUCAGUACGAAUAUUUGCGCCAAUCGUUACUAGCGCUCAAAGAGAUUGCCUGAGACGGAGAGCCGGAGGAGGCGCACGAACUGGAGAGACCGGAAGUUGAUGAGGAGGGGUAGGAGGACGAGUCACCCGCACAUUGUUUACACACCCCUUUGAAGCGCACGCCUCAUUGAUAAAACGCCCCCGGGAGACGAAGUAAAUCAAUUGUUUAAUUGCUAAGCAAACAGUUUAUUAUUGCACAGGCCAGAUCGAGUGCAACAUUAUUAUCUUAGCCCACGUAUUGUAUUAACGAAUAUCCAUUUGUUUUGCGAACAGAGCGCUUUUAUAUUUGUCAAACAAGCAUUCCUCUCUAAAGCAUACACUACAUUUAUAUUGUAAACACUUGCAUUUGAAGCAAAAUAUAAACGAGAAAUAUUGUACAGAAA